GAUCCGGAAGUGCGGGUGCACUGUUACAAAACCUCCACGUCCGGCGUGUUUGUCCGUUUUUAUGAGUGUGCCAGCAGGAUCUGCGUCACUGUCUGUUCGAGAAUACAGCGAAGAAUAGAAUGGCUUUAAACCAGAAUCACUCGGAGGCAGGGGGAGUCAUCAUCAACAACAGUGAGAGUGUCUUGAUGUCCUAUGAGAAUGUAGAGCUGAUGUUCAGCGAUGCAGACCUCCUGCCGGACCUGUUUAGGAAGAGCAGGAAGGGGAGUAUCUUUCUCACACCAUACAGGGUGAUCUUUGUGACAAAGGCAAAAGACGCUUUGCGGUCAUUCAUGAUGCCGUUCUACCUGAUGAAAGGCUGUGAGGUCAAACAACCUGUGCUUGGAGCCAACUACAUCAAGGGUACUGUCAGUGCUGAACCAGCAGGUGGGUGGGAAGGUUCUGCAAACUUUAAGCUUAUCUUUGUCUCUGGUGGAGCUAUUGAGUUUGGACAGACCAUGAUGCAGGUGGCUUCACAAGCCUCCAGUGGCCAGCCUGUGACCGCUAAUUUUAGCUGUCCAUACAUGGCUAACGAAGCAUACGCCUACCCACCCCCUCCUCCAGCCAAUGGCAUCUACUCCACCGGAACACCUACUCCUGGCUACUCGUACCCUCCUCCUCCACCCCCAGCUGCAUUCUAUCCCAAUCUGAUGGGUUUUGAUGGAGCUGCAGCCUACGUGCCGCCUCCACCUUAUUCUGCCUCGGUGGCCCAAGCCCCUCUAGAUCCUGACCUACCACGUACAUCUGCAGCGGAGGCUAAAGCAGCAGAAGCAGCAGCCAGUACAAACACUGCUCCUCUUGCUUCUCCUCACGUUUACCUGCCAGAGGACAAGCCACCACCUUACUCACCUCCUGAAGACAAGAAGAAUCAGUAAAUGUCACACCAGCGAUCCCAAAGCCAUUCUUCAAACUCUUCUCAAUGCUCUUUCUUUCUCUCACACACUUUCUGAGCAGCAUUUAAUUUAAAUAACUAAUAUCCAUACCAGGAGUCUAUUGCAAUGAGAAGAAAAGUGUGGCAGUAUUGAAGAAAAGAGAAGAAAAAGCACAAAAACAAUGUGAAUAAGAAGGAAUGAAACGUUUUACGGAAGCCACAACAUUAACAACAAAGUUUUCCUAUCGGUAUAUUUUACAUUGCUAAAGCCUCGAGUGCAUAUUGGUCUCAUGAUUUAAGUUUGUUUUUUGUUGUUUUUGGUGAGGCUGGCCUGGUUGGGCACGUUUCAUAAGAUACAGAGCCAGCACAAUUGGAUCGCCCGUGUGAUUAGAAAUAUUAAUGAUAGCUGUGUACUCAUUCAGGCAUCAUACUAUAGAUCCUUCCCUGUAUCUCGAAUGUGUUUUAAAAGGCACCUUGGUGUACCUGUGGCUCUGCUGUCCCUGUGCUACUCGUGUCCGUGUGGUUCGCUGGAGCAUGACUCGUAUGACACUGCAUUUGACCUAUUUUGUCAUGCAUCAGUCUCAGAGUAACAUCUCUCCCACAAAUGUUUCUCGCAGUAACACACUUCUCACUUUAUUUAUCCGGGUUAUAAAAUGUGUAACCAUCCAAGCAUGCUCUCUGCUGUGAAGUCUGACAUAACAGAUGUAUUUUAUUUAAUUAAAACAUGUACCAGUUUAAAGA